AUGAGGUGGACUAUCGCGUUGGGCGUCUUGGGCAUCGUGCGCUCGUCGUGUGCGCAGCAGAUAUGGGAUGUGUGGCAGACCAAGUGGGAUCGGACGGCUAUCUUCACGUCCGUGGGAUCCAACCCACCCAUAAACUUCAGCUCGCCAAGCGUCAUUGGGGACGCAGACAUCACCAUCAACGACGGGCAGGUCUACCAAUCGAUCUACGGCUUCGGGGGCUCGCUCACUGAUUCUUCCGCGCUGAUCUUGAACAAUCUCAAGUCCCAGAACAGUGGCAGCUACAACAAGUUGCUGCGAUAUUUGUUCGACCCGACUGAUGGUGCGAACGCGGCGGGACUGAGCUACGUCAGAGUACCGCUGGGCGCGUCUGAUUUCUCCGCAAAGAUCUACAAUCUGGACGACGUGCAUGGCGACACCUCAUUCGACAACUUCAACAUCGACAAGGCGCCCUCGUACUUGUUCUCGGUCCUUCAGGACAUCCAAGCUGUCAACAGCAACAUCAAAGUCCACCUCGUUCCCUGGUCGCCUCCGGGCUGGAUGAAGGACAGCGGCACGAUGAAGGGCGGGUCGCUGCAGAGCCAGUACCUCACCGCCUAUGCGACGUACCUCCUCAAGGGCCUCCAGGGCUUCAAGAACAAGGGCAUCAACCUACACGCAAUCUCCAUCCAGAACGAGCCGCAGAACAACAACCCAACCUACCCUACGUCGACCUUGACCCCUGCGCAGGAAGCGAAGAUCGGUAAGGCGUUGCGGAAGCUCAUGGACAACAACGGCUUCUCGAACGUCGAGCUUGUUGGUUACGAGCACAACUGGGACGACGCAUCGGCGUACCCGGUCACUCUGAUCAACGAUGCGCCAAACGCGUUUGCGGGUGUGGCCUUCCACUGCUAUGCAGGCAACGUAGCUCAGAUGGAUGACUUCCAUAACGCGCAUUCAGACAAGGAAAUCUACUUCACCGAAUGCGCAGGGACGAUCGGUAGUGACUGGUGGAGCGACAUCAAGUGGUACUCGGACAACAUCUUCAUCGGCGGCGUCAACCACAACGCAGUGUCUGGCCUCAUGUGGAACAUCGCGCUCGACGGCAAUGGCGAGCCCAAGCUCCCCGGGACGAACAGCUGUGGCGGGUCCGGCUGCCGUGCGAUCGUCACGGUCAACUCGGACGGCUCGUGGAGUCCUAACCAGGAGUUCUACUCCAUGGCCCAUGUAUCGAAGGCGACCAUUCCCAAGGACGCCGGUGGCCCCAGCGGCAAGCGUAUUGGCGUGACGGUUGGUGGAGAUCUCAGCUGGGCUCUUGUGGUCACCGCCUUUGUGACCGAGCGCACCAGCUCUUCGGAUUGGCUGCGAUACUCGCUUGUCGUGCUCAACUGUAAGCAUGCCACUACGAUUGAGUUCCGCGGUCAGCAGGCCACGUACACCUUCCCCGUCGGCGUCACGACGCUCUGGUGGUACGCUCCCGCCAAUUCAGCGAAGGAGACGGACGAGGAGAUCCGCGUGGGCGAUACGACGACUCGGACCCGGGAGGAUUCCUUCGUCUAUGAAGGGCCGCAGAAGGCCUUCGGGUCCUUCUGAGCCAGAUCUCGGCGGUACUUGCCGGGGCUUCUGUGGCUCAACCUCGGGGAGGUUCGAGGAAUGUCGGUCUUUUCAGCAUUGCGAUACCCAUAUCGCGGGUCUGCGGGCGCGCGGGCUUGCAAGAUCUAUCUUCACGACGUCACGAUCCUCAUGAUGGUUUGCGCACAUUACCUAUAGUUUCUGAGUAGCACUAUUGUGGUCAGGUUCCGAUACGUAUCCGGAAUACCGAUGUUGUAUAUU